CGCCUGGUGGCCAUGAACAUGCCCCUCAAUUCAGAUGGCACCGUCACCUUCAACGCGACGCUCUUCGCCCUGGUCCGCACCUCCCUCAAGAUCAAGACGGAAGGGAACCUGGAUGUGGCCAACAAGGAGCUCCGGGCUGUGGUGAAGAAGAUCUGGAAGAGGACGAAGCCGAAGCUGCUGGACGAGGUCAUCCCCCCGCCCGAGG